AUGAGCACGGAGAUGGAUGCUGGUGCUGUUGCGGGCCGAAUUUCGAUGCGCGCCAGCUUGUUGAAGUGGGUCAACUACUGGGAUCGGUGGAGGCCGCGUGUGGUUGGCAUCGUGCACGAGGAAGAGGACAGCGCUGGCGAGCCUGCAGGUGGCGUGUGCCACGUCCUCAAGUAUGCCACCAGUGACAAGCAGUUUGACAAGGGCAACUUUCGUAAGCAGCUCGUCCUCCACAACUUUGCAGUGCGGAAGCUGCCCGGCCAACCGUGCACGUUCUGUAUCAUGACACCGGCGCAGAAGCUGUACUUCAAGGCGGACAACAAAGAGGACGCACAAGCCUGGAUCGCCCACCUUCAGGGGAUUCAGCAAGCCCAGCAGGCGGUUGCAGGCGCUGACGAUGCAGGCAACGGAAACACGGUUGACAUGCACAAGUCCUUUUUCGAAGGCGAGGAGGAGCCACCCCGGACACCACUGCAACUGGCGCCAAACGAGGCCCUGGGCGAUGACGAUGGCUGGGAAGCAGUCGCAUCUUUUGCCGAGCUGAUGGGCUCUGACAAGGAUGAUGGCCAGGGUAAACGCACGUGGACCUGUGAUGUGCAGCACUGCGUGUCCUCCAUGGACCAUGUCUCCAUCCGCUGCACGCCGCAGGACCAGGCCCAAGGCACGGAACCACGCGCCACCACCAUGCCCGUCAUCAAGUUCCACACGGCGUUGGAGGAGCUGUCGCUGUACAGCGGCGACCGCGACCUGACAUCUGGCCUGCCAAAGCUGCCGUCAACAAGCUUCUUUGCCCUCCACUUCUGCACCAACGCCGCGAUGCUGGAGAGAAACGCGACAUACACGCAGUGGCUGCAGCGCAUGCUUGACGCCCUCCCGAUCAACGUCACCUUCUACACCAUCUUCGGACAGCACACGGCGACCGCAACGCUGUUUCUGUCACAGUCACAGCUCGAAUGUGUCGCCAUGCAAUCGACGCUGGAUGACGCGUUGAGUGCGCUUGAGAGCGCUGCUGAGGAGCGAGAGGCGACCACAGCACCCCCGCGCGCCGCUGUGGCCGCUGCCAUGCAUGAGCUCGAGUGUGUUGGUCGAUAUCUCCAUGCGCGCUUGUCCUUCCAUGAGACGCAGCAGCGCAGCAACCAGCAACGCCUGCACACGCUCGCAGAGGUGCUUGCUCGUGACCUGCAGGCAUCAUCAUCAUCAUCAUCAGAUGCGGACAACAGCACACUCGAUACCGACGCUAUCCUGGCUCGCCGCGCCGUGCUCCCCGCAGCAUCGCCCCAGCACGUGCUGGACCGGUAUCGGGAGUUUAUCAUGCUCAAGACAAAACUACUGCGCGAAGACAAAACCACCACGGAGGAGCUGUCAGAGCAAGCAGAGGACCACGUCGUGUCGGCGCUGCAGCACAUGGAGAGCUGGGGCGAUAUCGAUUCCCAGCGCCGCAAGCGCACGCGUCAGCGUGUGGAUGAGUCGCUGGCAAAGGCAACCAGCGUUCGCUUCAAAUGCCUGCAGGCAGCAAUCAAGGCCAUCCAGUGGGGCAUCUGUGGCAUGGACUUGGAGAUGGAGGCGCGCUCGGCGCAGCUGCGGGACAUGUGUGCGCAGCGCGAUGUGGAUGCGCUGCCAAUUGUGGAGGCAACGCGACGCAGUAUCAGCGAGACGCGCACGGAGCGCGCACAUCAGCGCCUCGCCCUCCUCCAGCACCAAGAGACGCUGUGCAAAGAGCAGCUUGCGCGCUUCGAUGAGCAGCGCCGCGACUACUCACGCCCGCGCGCCGACCGCAAGAAGGCUGGUGCGUCACACACCAAGUGGCAGAAGCGGCUGUCCAAGUGGCGCGCAACGUACCGUGACGAAGAGAUUCGCACAGAGGAGCACAUGCAGGAGUGCGACAAACUCGUCGCCACGUACCUGCGCCACACACAAGCAGCGCGCAAACGGCGCCAGCGACAGGAGAUGGAAGCGCGCGCAAUGGACGCAACAGAUGCUGUUCGGGCGGGUGCAAAGGCGCGCGUGAACGCAUAUCGAAAGCAGCGCAACCAGCAAGACGAGAAGGAAUGCCGCGCUCAGUCUCCUGCAAGCGCUGCGGGCGAUGACAAGGACAGAGCCGUGUCGCCAACCGAAGCCCGCAAGGCCGCAAUCCAGCGCAUCAAGAUGCACGCGCUGGACACAAGUGCGCUGCCGCCGCCGGUAGACCAGGAGAAGUUUGAGGAAGAACAGCAGAAACGCAUGUCGUCCUUCAGCAAACGCACGCGUGCGCGCAUCAAGGAGCACCGCACGCUGGCAUCGCGAAAGGAGAGCGAGUGGGCUCGUGCUGCUGAGGCUGAGCGGCAGAAGCAAGCAGAGGCACGCAGGAGCAACGCGCGCCAUGCACAGACGCGGCUGCGGCAGAAGCAGGAGGUGUCGCUGGACUACCAAUAUGCGCACGCGCCUGAGAAACGACCUGUGCUGCGGUAUCCAACGCACCAGACCGCCCACGACUGCUGCUGUGCUGUUGGCGAUGGCGAGACGGAGCACGACGACACGUGCACCCAUGCAGCGGGCACCAACCUGCCGCCGCCGCCCGAGGAGUGGGUGGCAGCACCUGCCACCACAGCAGCGGCUUCAUCAAGGGCAACCAUGAAGAAGACCAACAACACGAUGAAAGCCAGCAGCACAAAGGCGAGACCAAAGGCGAAAGGCAAGCACAGGCAGAGCGCUGGCGGCAACAAGACGCGGGCGACCACAACCACCGCAAAGGCGCAGAGUAGGCUACCCACGCUGGACGAAACGCACGCACCACAACAACAACAACAACAACAACAACAACAACAACAACAACAACAACAACAACAACAACAACAACAACAACAACAACAACAACAACAACAACAACAACAACAACAACAACAACAACAACAGCAGCAACAACAACAAUCCUCUUUGCCAUCUGCUGACGCGCUCCCGCCUCCGCCUCCUUCGUUGCUGCUGCAGGAGCCAGAGCACGGUGAUUCGACCUCGGAUGGCCACCCAGCGCAGCAGCAGCAGCAGCAGCAGCAGCAACAGCAGCAGCAGCAGCAACGUCAAUCAGAAGCUGUGACAAUCAUCAACACCACCAACAGUGCCUCAGCCGAGUCCUCGCCACCUGCCAUCACCACAACUUCAUUUGUUGGCUCUCCACCGCCACCGCCGCCGCCACCGCCGCCACCACCCCCUGCUGCUGCGGUGACACUCGCCAGCUCGCCCAGUCCACUACUCGCUGGCGCUGCUGACACGACGCCUGCGCGGAGUGGCUGCAGCACACCUGGAAAUGGCACCCACCAAACCAGCGCGCACUCGUCCUGCGCCGUGUCCUUGCAGCAGGCCAUCGAGUCCGUCUCACUCAAGCGCGUCGAUCCAAGCGAUCUGGAGAAGAAGCCAAGCAGCAUGAAGAGCGCGCUCAUGAGCACCAUCACUGUCUUCCUUGACAAGAGGCGGCCCGCCAUUGAGGGCAAAGACACCAAUGAUGAUGAUGAUGAUGACGAGGAUGACGAUGAUGACUCCAGCUGGGACGCAGACAGCGACGAUGAUGAUGUUCUGUUGUAGCUCAAUGCUGCGUUCGUGUUCGAGAUCGUGGUCUUCUGCUUCGCUCACUCUUGUCCUUCUUCUUUGCUGAAUUUUAUGUAUGUUUUCCAUAAACGGUCCGCAC